AUGAUGGUGGAUUCACUGUCGUCAAGCUUGGCAGAGCUUCGGCUGAAGGCAGAUCAGUUCACGGCUGCCGAUUUUGAUGCGCAGCUCGUUGAGCAGGAAAACAAUCCCCCAACAGAACAGAUACGAUCACGGAAGAGGGUCCGACAGAGUGUGGAUGAGAUCAAAUCGGAACUGGAAAAUGAGUUCCUGACUCCUUCGCCCACUUUCAGUCCGGACUGGUUGAACCGGCUUCAGAGGAGAUGGGACGUCUCAACCGACCCUAGAGACCUCUUCGAGAUCGACCCAACUCAGACUCGCGCCAUCAUCCGAUUCAACCGCGAAGGCCUGCAAGGCCGGGUGACCGGAUAUCAUGAAGUCACCGUACCAGCUGCAAGUGCCACAGCCAAAAACUCCACCUCAUUGCUUCGACGUCCUGCGGCCCGAGCGGAUUUCGUCCGAGGAGCUGCUGGGUUCUUCCCGUUUUCCCCCGGCGGAUUAGAGGGAGUUGAGGCGAUCGCUGAGAUGGAAUCCGGAAUCCAAGCAAACGAGAAGGAACGUGUUGGCGGGAAACAAGGCCUCGAUCGCAUCAUCAACUUUGGGACUGAAGGAGGCUUGUUGGAAAUUCCUCCGGGCUUUUCUCGAGGAAUGAAAUUCGAAGAACCCAAAUCAUCAGCCGCCGAGGAAGACAAUAAAGAUGUCGAAGAGACGCUGGCGCGAGAGGAAGAAGGCAUCGCUACUGAAAACCCUCAGACUGAGCAAGAUGCUAAAGAAGUAGGAGAUGACGAUGACGAAACCAUGAGCGAGGACGAUGAGCAGGAUAUAGAUUCAUUGCUACCAAUCGAAUUUCCAGCCUUUGAGCCUCGGAGCCAGCUCUUGGCUGCGAGUGCCCAAAAAGGUGGUCGUGAAUGGGCUCAUGUUGUGGAUGUCAACAAAGAAAUCACUAAUUUUCACGACUUGGUCCCGGACAUGGCAAAAGAAUGGCCCUUCGAGCUCGACACCUUUCAAAAAGAGGCUGUCUAUCAUCUGGAGAAUGGAGAUUCUGUCUUCGUGGCGGCUCAUACGUCCGCUGGCAAGACCGUAGUGGCAGAGUACGCCAUUGCAUUGGCCGCCAAACAUAUGACAAAGGCUAUCUACACGUCACCAAUCAAGGCUCUGAGUAAUCAGAAAUUUCGAGACUUUCGAAAUAUCUUUGAUGAUGUCGGUAUCUUGACGGGCGAUGUUCAAAUCUCACCGGAAUCGAGUUGUCUCAUCAUGACUACGGAGAUUCUCCGCAGUAUGCUCUAUCGUGGCGCUGAUCUUAUCCGAGAUGUUGAGUUUGUUAUUUUUGACGAGGUGCAUUAUGUGAACGAUAUGGAACGAGGUGUGGUUUGGGAGGAGGUCAUCAUCAUGCUUCCAGAACACGUCACUCUGAUCCUCCUUUCAGCCACGGUCCCAAAUACAUACGAGUUUGCUUCGUGGGUUGGACGUACAAAAAAGAAGGAUAUCUACGUAAUUUCUACAGCAAAACGUCCUGUGCCUCUUGAACACUACCUAUGGGCGGGCAAGAGUAUGCACAAAAUCGUGGACUCAAAUAAAAAGUUCAUCGAAAAGGGUUGGAAAGAAGCCGAUGAUAUUCUUUCCGGAAGAGACAAAGCCAAGGCCCAAAAGGCUGCCGAUGCACAAGCCCAGUCUCAGGCUAGCCAAAAGGGCGCACCGCAAGGAAGAGGUCGGGGCCGGGGUGCCGGUGGUCGAGACAGAGGUGGUCCUCAACGGGGUGGUCCCCAAGGUGGUCAAGGAAGGGGAGCGAAUCGAGGACCCUCUACGAGAGGCUCUGGAAACAUUGCUCGAACUGGUCGUGGUGGAGGAAGAACUUCGGCUGCUCAGGAUCGGAAUGUAUGGGUUCAUCUCGUGCAGUAUCUCCGCAAAGAGAACCUGUUGCCGGGUUGCAUCUUUGUCUUCUCAAAGAAACGGUGUGAAGAGAAUGCGAACUCGCUUUCCAAUCAAGACUUCUGCACUGCGUCCGAGAAGAGUGCUAUCCAUAUGGUCAUCGAGAAGUCAUUGGCUCGUCUGAAACCAGAAGAUAGGGUUCUUCCUCAAAUUUUGCGGCUCCGAGAACUUCUCGGUAGAGGAAUAGCAGUCCAUCAUGGCGGUCUUCUGCCCAUUAUGAAAGAGAUCGUUGAGAUCCUCUUUGCAAAGACGCUUGUUAAGGUUCUUUUUGCAACGGAAACAUUUGCCAUGGGUUUGAAUCUGCCAACCCGGACAGUGGUCUUCUCUGGUUUCCGUAAACAUGACGGCAAAGGUUUCAGAGAUCUUCUGGCAGGUGAGUAUACUCAAAUGGCAGGAAGAGCCGGAAGACGAGGACUGGACACGGUUGGUUCUGUCAUUAUUGUCACCAGUGGCAGAGACGAAGCACCACCUGCUGGGGCAUUACGCAGAAUGAUCCUGGGAGAUCCUACAAAGCUGCGGUCACAAUUCCGCUUAACAUACAACAUGAUAUUGAACCUUUUGCGAGUGGAAGCCCUCAAGAUUGAGGAAAUGAUCAAAAGGAGCUUCAGCGAGAAUGCCACUCAAGCCUUGCUACCGGAGCAGGAGAAGCAGGUACAGCUUUCUGAAGCCAGUCUCGCCAAGAUAAAACGGGAGCCAUGCAGCUACUGUGACAUUGACCUUGAAACGUGCCAUCAAGCUGCAGUAGAUUACGAGAAACUUACUCGAGAUCUUCACCUUGGGCUUCUUACAUCUCCAGUGGGCAAAAGACUCUUCACGAUAAAGAGGCUUGUAGUCUAUAGAAAGGACGGGAUUCGCACAGCAGGCGUUAUCGUUCGUGAAGGAAUUGGCAGCGGCGAGCCCAACAUCCAGGUCCUCGAAAUAGGUGCCGUGAGCGACAAGCGCCACCAGAGCGAUAUUCUUCCUUUCCUUCCUACAUUCCGCCAUUUAUUCAGAAAUCUACCGACCCAAUCUGACGGAAUGACGUUGAAAGUCUGCCGGGUGCCGUUGGCCGAUGUGGAGUGCGUGACAAACACGCUGGUCAAAGUUGGUGGGCCGAUAUGGUAUCUAAAUAUCAAAAAGGAGGCCUUGAAGUUUGGAGAUAUGGAAUUGUCAAAAUAUUGCGCGUCAUGGGAGGAUUCAACCUGGGACGAGCUGGAUUGGGCUCGUGUCAAGGAGUUGCAAGUGAGAGAGAUCUUGAAUCAGCGACAGGCUCAGGCUGCUAUCGCCCAGUCUUGCCAGUGUCUCUCAUGUCCCGACUUUUUGAAACACUUUGAAAUGCAACACGAUGAAUGGCAGGUCAAGGAGAAUAUCUCUCAAUUGCGACAACUCAUGUCAGAUCAAAAUCUUCAAUUGCUUCCUGAUUAUCAACAGAGAGUAGAAGUGCUCAGGGAAUUAGGGUUUGUGGAUGAGGAAAGUAGAGUGCAAUUGAAAGGCAAGGUGGCUUGUGAGAUCCAUUCUGCCGAUGAAUUGGUCCUGACUGAACUCAUCCUCGAAAACGUACUGGCCGAAUACGAGCCCGAGGAGAUUGUGGCUCUCUUGUCGGCUUUUGUGUUCCAGGAGAAGACGGAGAACGAACCGACGCUAACGCCUCAGCUCGAGAAGGGCAAGGAAGCGAUCGUGCGAAUUGCGGAAAAAGUCAAUGAAUUCCAGAUCCUGCACCAAGUGAUCUUGUCCAGCGAGGAUUCCAACGACUUCACGAGCAAGCCUCGCUUUGGACUGAUUGAGGUUGUGUAUGAAUGGGCGAAGGGGAUGUCGUUCAAUCGCAUCACCAACCUUACAGAUGUGAUGGAAGGCACCAUCGUCCGGACUAUCACACGGCUCGACGAAACAUGCCGUGAGGUCAAGAACGCGUCGAAACUGGUGGGCGACCCGACUCUGUACACCAAGAUGCAGCAAGCGCAGGAGCUGAUCAAGCGCGAUGUGAUUUUUGCGGCUUCUCUGUAUAUGUAA